UGUCUUCGCCUCGGCAGCUGCAGCUGCACUGUCCCUGCUCAAAGCGGAAAUUCAGAGUAGAGCUGUCAUGGGCCAUAGCGCGGAUAGCGCAUAGUUGGAAACGCACAAAGCUUACGGUGUCAAUAUUUCGUGAGACUCUUUGUGUCUGGUACUUCGGUGAACACAGAGCAUAACAAGAUGCAAGACCUACACUAGGCCUUCUUUCUUGCGUCCAAACUUCAUUUUCCACCACAAGAAUGACCAGCCGGAGUGCAUUACCGCCGGAGGUUUUGCCCAAUCAGUGUCUUUCAGCUCAUGUGAGAUCUCAGAGUGGGUUGGAUUCGCCACCUGUCUGUAGCUUCAACAAUGAGCCCCCUCUGCCAGGCAAAACAAUGGAUGAAUGCAGUUUAUCCAAUUGUGAGACAUCUCAUUACUUCUCACAGCCUGUGAACAAAUUAGAUGACCAGCCUUGUACAAAGCUGUGUGCUGUACCAGAGAACCCCAUGUGCCGUAUUUGCCAUGAAGGAGGCCUGCAAGAGGAACUGCUGUCCCCUUGUGAAUGUUUGGGGACUAUGGCCACCAUCCACCGCAGCUGUUUGGAGCACUGGCUUUCUGCCUCAGGGACUAGCUUCUGUGAGCUCUGCAACUACCAGUUCACUGUGCAGAGGAAGUCCAGACCACUGCUGGAGUGGCUUCAGAACCCAGGGCUUCGUCAGGAAAAGCGCACACUGUUUGGUGAUAUGGUAUGUUUCCUGCUAAUUACACCGUUGGCUACUAUCUCUGGUUGGCUGUGCCUUCGAGGUGCCAUAGACCAUCUACACUUCUCCAGCCGACUGGAGGCUGUGGGGCUCAUUGCACUGACAGUUGCACUCUUUACCAUUUACCUCUUUUGGACUCUGGUGUCUCUUAGGUAUCACUGUCGUCUUUACAAUGAGUGGAGGCAGGCCAAUGAGAGAGUGGUGCUGCUGCUGCCCAGAUCCCACAGUGAGCCAGUGCUGCACUCCUUAAACAGCUCACAGCGGGUGAAGAAUCUCUCCAAAGAGUCAAUCGUUUGAGCAUCCAAAGCACUUUAAACAAAUCUAUGACUGCAACUGCUUGUGUCAAAGACCACAAGUGAGCUCCAUUAGGUGGCACUUUAUUUCAGCAGAAUAAUACACCGUAUUGGCUGUUAUGGACUGCCAAUUCAAUCAGACCAAACUUCACACUUAUUAACACUGUGAUUUGACGAUUGUCACUCUUAGUAUGACAACAUUAGGAUACUAGUGUUUCUUUAGCUACAGUGUCUUACAGUGUUGAUAGAGGUCAAGACCAGAGGACCCUGAAGGAAUUAGGACUGGGCUAUGUUAUGGGACUGUUAAUGAAUAACAAAGUUAUCAAGUUAGGGAAGAAGCCCGGCUUACAAGAUAUUUGAGAACCCCCUUAAUUCUAGUAGUAGUUGCACUUUUAUUGUAACCAUACUUAGUUAAAUAUAACAAAUGCACUCUUAAUCACAUUAAAUAUGGCAAUGAGCUACCUUUACAUUGUCUGGGGAAGUAUCAAGUAUACUUUCUAAUCCCUGGAAUUUUACAUAUAAACUGUGUUCUAAAAACUAAUGGACUAGAGUGCCUGCUUGCCAAUGUAUAGCAGUUACCCACAUUGUCUCCAGGCUAUUUCUCUACAAAACCAAAACCUUACUUUCCGUAAUGCCUUUUCCAAUGUAAUCUUGUUGUGUGUUCCACAAUCUUGUAUUCAUGGGUUUCAGCUGUCUGCUUGAAGGUGAUAUUCUCUGAGUACUUCUGUCCAUUCAAAACAUAUAUUAUUUUCUUUUGAAAUGAUAAUUGCUAUGGCAGCAGUGCUAGAUAUUCAUCACUCUGAAACCCAUGGAUCGGUUGCCUUCACAUGAAGUCAUGACAUUCUAGUGGCCUAUAGUUUAAAAUUGAUCUGCAGGACAAGUCAUAGUUCUUUGGUGGAAUUGGCUAUUUAACCGUCAGGUUGCAGAUUUAUCUCUAAUUACUGGGCCUGUCCACAUGAAAUAAAAACUGGCACGAAGUUUAGAUUUUUUAAAACAGUAAUUCUCCCUUAGAGUUUUAUUGGCCUCUGCCAUCCAUCUGAAACGGUAACAUCGAUUUCUAGAACGUGAACGCAGCCUAUUCCCACAAGUAAAGCACAGCCUGUUACUCCCACAGAUUAACAUGCACUUGAGCAGAUUUUUAAAUUCACAGUGUUUGAGUUAAGUAAAUAAACUUAAACCAAAGGUGUUUUGUAUUAUAUUUUAAUGUAGUUUGAUGGAUAUGUUUGUGUGGCAAAAAUGUACAAAUAUAAAACAAUUAUAAAUAGA